AUGAAGAUCUACACAAAGACUGGUGAUCAAGGAACGUCGAGUCUUUAUAACGGAGAACGAAGACAGAAAGACGAUGAGAUAUUUGAAGCAUUGGGUACAACGGAUGAGCUUACGUCAAAUAUUGGCAUGGCUAUUGAAUUCCUUGAAGAUGAUGCACACUGGGGCCCUUAUCUGGUUGAUAGAUUGACUACGAUACAAUGUCUUUUACAAGAUAUUGGUUCAAAUAUUGCCACUCCUCGUCAACAAUCAAGUGAAUCUCGUUUAAAUCGUACAGCAUUUGAUAUGGUUCAUGUAAACAAAUUAGAGGAAUGGAUCGAUGAAAUGGAUACCGAAUUGCCCAGACUCACCCAAUUCAUAUUGCCCUCUGGGGGAAAGGCAAGCGCAAGUUUGCACAUUGCUCGAUCUGUAUGCAGACGUGCAGAAAGACAUGUUCAGCCUUUGUCUCGAGCUCAAAUAUGUGAUGACUCAGUGUUGAUAUUUCUAAACAGGCAAACAUAA